AUGCAUCGUUCGCGCUUUUUAAUAAAGUCUUUGCUAAGCAGAGCACGAGGCAUUGCACGUCUUGGAUCCACUCUCUCUCAGCCGCAACCACCGUCGUCUCUCUCCUCCACCGUCAUGAGUAGACGUGAAACUCACACAACAAGACUCUGCAUCGUCGGUAGUGGUCCAGCGGCUCACACGGCGGCUAUCUACGCAGCUAGAGCUGAACUUAAACCUCUUCUCUUUGAAGGAUGGAUGGCUAACGACAUAGCUCCAGGCGGUCAACUAACAACCACCACCGACGUUGAGAACUUCCCUGGCUUUCCAGAAGGUAUCCUCGGGGUAGAGCUCACAGAGAAGUUCAGGAAGCAGUCAGAGAGAUUCGGUACGACUAUUUUCACCGAGACGGUGACUAAAGUCGACUUCACGUCGAAGCCGUUUAAGCUGUUCACAGACUCCAGAGCCGUUCUUGCAGACGCUGUGAUUCUCGCUACUGGAGCUGUGGCUAAGCGGCUUAGCUUCCCUGGCUCUGGUGAAGGCUCUGGAGGUUUCUGGAACCGUGGAAUCUCAGCUUGUGCUGUCUGCGACGGAGCUGCUCCUAUAUUCCGUGACAAGCCUCUUGCGGUUAUCGGUGGAGGCGAUUCGGCGAUGGAGGAGGCUAACUUCCUCACCAAGUAUGGUUCCAAAGUGUAUAUAAUCCAUAGGAGAGACGCUUUUAGAGCUUCCAAGAUUAUGCAGCAGAGAGCUUUGUCGAAUCCUAAGAUCGUUGUGAUUUGGAACUCGAAGGUUGUGGAGGCUUAUGGGGAAGGGGAGAGAGGCCUUCUUGGAGGGUUGAAGGUGAAGAAUGUGGUUAGUGGAGAGGUUUUGGAUUUGAAAGUUUCUGGAUUGUUCUUUGCGAUUGGUCAUGAGCCAGCUACGAAGUUUCUUGAUGGUGCUGUUAAGCUUGAUUCUGAUGGCUAUGUGGUGACUAAGCCUGGUUCUACACAGACUAAUGUUGCUGGAGUUUUUGCGGCCGGUGAUGUUCAGGACAAGAAGUAUAGGCAGGCGGUAACAGCUGCCGGAACUGGAUGCAUGGCAGCUUUGGAUGCGGAGCAUUACUUACAGGAGAUUGGAUCUGAGCAAGGUAAGAGUGAUUGA